CGAUUCCGGAACUCCAAGUCCAUCUUUCUCCAGCUCGAUCUGUCUGGGCCACCAUGGACCUGGGACUUGCAGGUCGGCGGGCGCUGGUCACCGGCGCGGGCAAAGGCAUCGGGCGCAGCACUGUGCUGGCGUUGCAGGCGGCUGGUGCACAUGUUGUGGCCGUGAGCCGGACACGAGCGGACCUUGACAGCCUGGUUAGCGAGUGUCCUGGCGUAGAGCCUGUGUGCGUGGACCUGGCAGACUGGGAGGCCACAGAACGUGCCCUAAGCAAUGUGGGACCCGUGGACCUGCUUGUGAACAACGCCGGUGUGGCUCUGCUGCAACCCUUCCUGGAGAUCACCAAGGAGGCCUGUGACACGUCCUUCAACGUGAAUCUUCGGGCUGUCAUCCAGGUGUCUCAGAUUGUGGCCAAGGGCAUGAUAGCUCGGGGAGUCCCAGGAGCCAUUGUGAACGUGUCCAGCCAGGCCUCCCAGCGGGCGCUGACCAACCAUAGUGUCUACUGUUCCACCAAGGGUGCCCUGGACAUGCUGACCAAGAUGAUGGCCCUGGAGCUCGGACCCCACAAGAUCCGUGUGAACGCGGUCAAUCCCACGGUAGUGAUGACACCCAUGGGCCGGACCAACUGGAGUGACCCCCACAAGGCCAAAGUUAUGCUGGAUCGCAUCCCACUUGGCAAGUUCGCUGAAGUGGAGGACGUGGUGGACACCAUCCUCUUCCUGUUGAGCAACCGAAGUGGCAUGACCACGGGUUGCGCUUUGCCGGUGGACGGCGGCUUCCUGGCCACCUGAGCCCCCUCCACCAUUACUCCGCUCAGCCCUAUGCUCAGAACACUGUGCCCUCCGUCCCACCAAUAAACGUCUCUGUCCAGCCUGUGUGCUCAGGUAGGCAGAGAUCUUCAUGCCGUCUGUGAUCCAAAGCAGGUAGAGCCUAGUUCCUGCGCACUUUCAGGCCUGGCCAGCUUCCUAGCAGGGAGUGGAAGGUUGGACCUUCCAGAGGCUGGAUCCUCAAGAGUUUGGUCAGUUUGCCUCAAGAUAACCUGUCCAGAGGUUUCUGGAGUGGAGCUGUGGAUUGUUGGUAAGAACCGAACAAACCAAACAAACAGCUCUGUAUGGUUCUGACGGGAAUGCCAACAGACCUUAAUUUCCAGUCAGUGAGUGGUACGCCCACCAAAAGAGAGGGGGCAGACAUCUAACCAAUGAGCUGAACGACUUUUGUUUUCUAA